GCCCCCUUGAACACGCCACCCUGCAUGCCCACCACUCACCGCCUCAGCACAUCCGGCUCCCUACGAGUGUCUGCGCGUCAGUCCACCACCACCACCUCCCUGUGGUCCCUACCCGGAAGCUCCAGAGCCGCCUGCAGGCCCGAGUGAUGCCACCACCACAGCGCCCAAUAAAAACCCCUUGCAAGCCCACCUUGCCAAUCAAAGAAAUGGCUUCCGGAACAAACCACUAAUCCAGGGUUCUUUCAGUUCGAGAUUCAAAUUGUUGGCCCAAGGAUUUCUGGAUUUCCUAUCCUAUUCUUUUUUACAACCAGUUCGUUGUUGACCUGUCACUCUUUCUUAUCGCCUCUUCCACCUCGCUCUUUGUUGCUGGCGAGGUCGGUCGACUUACCCUUCCUCAAGAUGAAUUCCACAACCUUCGCCGCACCCGUCACUUACACGGACUACUUCAACGAUAUCGCCGCCUACAAUGUGCACCUGAACAUCUUUGAAAAGCUUUGGGCAGCAUGGUACGCAUACAUGCAGAACGAUGUGUUGGCGACGGGUAUCAUGAGCUUCGCCAUGCACGAACUGGUGUACUUUGGGAGGUGUGUGCCAUUCAUGAUUAUGGACAAGAUUCCCUAUUUCAGGAGAUACAAGAUCCAGGCGAACAAAAUGCCCACGCUUGCCGAACAAUGGGCAUGCGCCAAAUUGGUCCUCCUCUCCCACUUUACCGUCGAACUCCCUCAAAUCUGGCUCUUCCAUCCAAUGGCUCAAUACUUCGGCUUGUCCACAUCCGUUCCUUUUCCUCCCUGGUACACAAUGGCCUGGCAGAUCGCGUUGUUCUUUGUCCUUGAAGAUGCAUGGCACUAUUGGUUCCACCGAGUCCUCCACCUGCCUCGACUUUACAAGAUGAUCCACAAGCUGCAUCACCAGUACAGCGCACCGUUUGGCCUUGCCGCCGAGUACGCCUCGCCGCUGGAAACCAUGAUCCUCGCAUUCGGCACUGUUGGGAUCCCCAUUGUUUUUUGCGCGCUAACCAAGAACCUCCAUAUCGUCACAAUGUAUCUGUGGAUCGUGGGCCGACUUUUCCAAGCUAUUGACGCGCACUCUGGCUAUGAGUUUCCCUGGUCGCUACAUCACUUCUUGCCUUUCUGGGCAGGAGCGGACCAUCAUGACGUGCAUCAUGAGAAAUUCUUGGGAAAUUAUGCCAGUUCUUUCCGGUGGUGGGACGCAGCUUUGGGUACCGAUAUUGGGAGUUCUUCCGAAGGGGCGAAGAAGAAGGACAAGAAGGCUGUCGAAGGCAAGGACGAAUAGGAAUGUGAUAUCGGCCUUGAGGACCGGAAACCGUUAGAAGAAGCUUCGACCCGGCUUCGGUGUACAUAAUGCGGUCGAUUCCAUCUUGAAGAGCGAAGAGCGACGGAAUAGAGAGAUGCAUAAAGUGGCGUUGGAUUGCAUAGAACGGGCAGGGCAACUGGAUGGGUUCCUUAUUCAUGGAUAGUGCCGAAUGGCCAGCUCCUCUCAAGAAUCAAACGAUUAUCGUUUCGCCUCUAA